CGCUCCCAGCAGCUGAAGCGUGGAGCGUGGCUGGCCCCAGCACCAUGCCGCUUGAAGUCCGGGAUGCCCAUGAACAUUGGGGUCCUCUUUGUGCCGCAGCAGGAGGCUUGGGUGGUGGAGAGGAUGGGCAAGUUCCACCGAAUCCUUGAGCCUGGUUUGAACUUCCUCAUCCCUCUGCUGGAUCGGGUUCGUUAUGUGCAGAGUCUCAAAGAGAUCGUCAUCAACGUCCCAGAGCAGUCAGCUGUCACCUUAGAUAACGUCACCUUGCAGAUUGAUGGUGUGCUCUAUCUGCGGGUUAUGGACCCCUACAAGGCCAGCUAUGGGGUGGAAGAUCCUGAGUAUGCAGUCACCCAGCUGGCCCAGACCACCAUGAGAUCUGAACUUGGCAAACUCUCCCUCGACAGAGUUUUUCGGGAGCGGGAGUCCCUCAACGCCAACAUUGUGGAUGCCAUCAACCAGGCUUCAGACUGCUGGGGCAUCCGGUGCCUGCGCUAUGAGAUCAAGGACAUUCACGUGCCCCCGCGUGUGAAGGAAUCCAUGCAGAUGCAGGUAGAGGCAGAGCGACGGAAGCGAGCAACUGUGCUGGAGUCAGAGGGGACACGAGAAUCGGCUAUCAAUGUGGCUGAGGGGCAGAAGCAGGCCCAGAUCCUGGCAUCGGAAGCUGAGAAGGCCGAACAGAUCAACAAAGCUGCUGGAGAAGCCAACGCCAUGCUGGUGAAGGCCAGGGCCAAAGCAGAGGCAAUUCAGCUCCUGGCAGCUGCUCUGGCACAACAG